CCUUGAGAGUUUGAUGAAAAAUCUACAAAAACCUUUGGAUGUAUCAAUAUCGACCAUAAAGCGCAAUGACUGGGACAAAAUUCAAGCAGCUAUCGGUCUCAAGCUUGAGGCAAUUGAUUUGAAAUUUGAAUGA